UAGCGUUCCGCACGUGACGAACGCGGAACAAAUGAAAACGAAAGUAAAUGUUAGCAAGGAAGGAACCAUUUAGCAAGGAACAGAGAGCGGUUGUGUUUACAAAUGUUUUAAACGUUUUAUAAGCAGUGCUUCUCCUGCUUCUAUCAACACGUCUGUUAUUGGUGGAGGAGAAAUGGACCCACAGAUCUGAUUGGUCACAGACACCAAAAAAUGGAUUUCCCUCAAGAGGGUGAGGAUGCUGUUGGUGGAAAUCAGACAGGCAGAGCAGCAUGUGCUGUGUCCAGCCAGAUGUCCCUGAAGAAAGCAGAGCCUCUUACUGAUGGACAUCAGGGGGUCAGCAAAGGACAAAUAACACAUUGUCCAAAACCACAGACACACAGACCAGUGUCUCCAGUGCCCAGCUGUGUGUCCAUGAAGAGUGACCGCUCUAUGGAUCAGCCUCCCAAACUCAGCAGUGGACCACCACAGUCUUAUCCAAAACCACAGACACACAGGCCAGUGUCUCCAGUGCCCAGCUGUGUGUCCAUGAAGAGUGACUGGUCCAUGGGAAACCCUCUCAAUUUCAGCAGUGGACCACCACAGUCUGAUCCAAAACCACAGUCACAAAGACCAGCAUCUCCAGUGCCCAGCUGUGUGUCCAUGAAGAGUGACUGGUCCAUGGGAAACCCUCUCAAUUUCAGCAGUGGGCCACCACAGUCUGAUCCAAAUGUUUUGAGGAAGGUCCUGACCCAGUAUCAGUUCAGAUGUGGAGUGUGUGAGCAGUUGCUGAAGGACCCAGUCAUCACCAGCUGUGGACACAGUUUCUGCAGGCAGUGCAUCAGCAGAUACUGGAGCCAGUCUGGUCCAUCAGGAGACUACAGCUGCCCCCAGUGCAGAAAGAGACCAAGAACACAACUCAUUACAAACCCUAGUAUAACUAUGGCACAACCUCACCUAUACCCAUCUACAGUCAUGGCACAGCCUUCGGCAUACCAACACAGUGAAAUGGCACUUCAUCUGAACACAUCUGCAAACAUGGCACAAAUUCCUCCAUACCCACACACAGACACGGGGCAUCGUCCUCAGUACUCAAACUCAGCCAUGGGGCAGCAUAAUCCACACAUCCAGCACCCUCUAUAUCCACACAUCCACACAGCACAGAUCUCUCCACUGUCUCCUUUAGAUGAGCACACCGUCAUGGGAGACAGCACCCAUCUGCAAAUUGAGCAUGCUCCAGUCAAAAGGGCCAAACUAACUGAUGUCCAUGUCCGGAAGAAAGUACUGAUGACCCAUAAAGCCAGCAUGAAGCGGAGAUUUGAGAGCAUAUGUGAAGGCAUCAUAAGGUCAGGGACUCAAACACUCCUGAACAAGAUCUACACAGAGCUCUACAUCACAGAGGGAGAGAGUGAAGAGGUGAAUAAUGAGCAUGAGGUUUGGCAGGUAGAGUCAGCAUCCAGGCCACAAACUACAGAGGACACAGCAAUCAACUGCAAUGAUAUAUUCAAGCCCUUACCUGGACAAGAGAGACACAUCAGAACAGUCAUGACCAAGGGAAUCGCUGGCAUUGGAAAAACCAUCUCAGUGCAGAAGUUCAUCCUUGACUGGGCAGAGGAGAGAGCUAACCAGGAUGUAGAUUUCAUGUUUGUGCUUCCGUUCCGUGAGCUGAAUUUGGUCAAACAUGAUCAGUACAGUCUUCAUAAGCUCCUGCUUGACUUCCACCCUGAGCUUAGGGAGCUACAGGAUGAUGAAUACAAAGACUGCCACAUUGUAUUCAUCUUUGAUGGUCUGGAUGAGAGUCGACUUGCGCUGAAUUUCCAAGGAAACAAGAAACUGUCUGAUGUGACACAAACAUCAUCAGUGGAUGUCCUGAUGACGAGCCUCAUUCAUGGAAUUCUGCUUCCCUCUGCUCUCAUCUGGAUAACCUCCCGACCAGCGGCAGCCAGUCAGAUCCCUUCUCAGUGCAUCAGUCAGGUGACAGAAGUACGAGGAUUUAAUGACCCACAGAAGGAAGAGUACUUCAGGAAGAGGAUCAGUGACCAGAAUCAAGCCAACAGAAUUAUCUCACACAUUAAGGCAACCAGAAGUCUCCACAUUAUGUGCCACAUGCCAGUCUUCUGUUGGAUUUCAGCCACUGUCCUUCAGCAAAUACUGGAACUGGAUGAUGGGAAGGAAGCCCCCAAAACUCUGACUGAGAUGUUCAUACACUUUCUGCUCAUCCAGAUCACCAGAAAGAACCAGAAGUAUCAGGAGGAAAGUGAGACAGAUAGACAGAAGCUCCUGGAAUCACACAAGGGUGUCAUAUUGAAACUGGCAGAGCUGGCUUUCAAGCAUCUGGAGAAUGGCAAUCUCAUGUUCUAUGAGGAAGACCUGAGAGAGUGUGGCAUUGAUGUCAGUGAAGCCUCAGUGUACUCUGGUGUGUGCACUGAGAUCUUCAGGGAGGAAUGUGUGUUUCACCACAAGAAGGUCUACUGCUUUGUGCAUCUGAGCAUCCAGGAGUUUCUUGCUGCACUGCAUGUGUUUGUCUCUUUUCUGAACAUCACGUCUUAUUUUGACUUGUUUGAGUUAUUGAUGAGAGCCAUGGAUAAAGCUUUGGACAGCAAAAAUGGACACCUGGAUCUUUUCCUCCGCUUUCUUGUAGGCAUCUCAGUGGAGAGCAACCAGGUCAUUUUAAACGGCUUGUUGACAAACAAACACAGCAGCUCAGAGACCAUCAAGAAAACAUGUCAAUAUAUCAAGGAACUCAAGAGGAAGAACCCAUCUCCUGAGAGAUACAUCAAUCUUAUCCACUGCUUGUUUGAAAUGAAUGAUCAUUCCCUACAUGAAGAAGUCAAAAAAUAUCUGACAUCUCCCGAUGGCUUCUCAGGUGAAUUGCCACCUGCCCACUGUUCAGCACUGGCCCACAUGCUUCUGAUGUCUGAGGAGGUGCUGGAUGAGUUGGACUUGAGCAAAUACAAAACAUCAGAGGAGGGACGAUACAGACUGGUAUCAGUUGUGAGAUACUGCCAGAAAGCUCUACUUGCGGACUGUAAGCUAACAGAGAAGUCCUGUGAGAUUGUGGCGUCAGUUCUGCAGUCUGCAAACUCCCCUUUAAGAGAGCUGGACCUGAGUCAGAAUGACCUGCAGAUAUCAGGAGAAAAACUGGUCUCUGCUCUCCAGAGUCCAAACUGCAAACUGGAGACACUGAGACUUGCUGGCUGUAAUCUAACAGAGAAGUCCUGUGAGAUUGUGGCCUCAGCUCUGCAGUCUGAAAACUGCCCCUUAAGAGAGCUGGACCUGAGUCAGAAUGACCUGCAGAUGAUAGGAGAAAAGCUGGACUCUGCUCUACAGAGUCCAAACUGCAAACUGGAAAAACUAAGACUUGUUGGCUGUAAACUGAGGGGAAGAUUUUUAGCCUUGGCUCACCAGGGGGCAAACUCACACCUAAGAGAGCUGGACAUGAGUGACAGUGAGCUUCAGGACUGUGGAGGAAAACUGCUCCAUCAGCCACUGAAUCAAGACUGUAAAUUGAGACUUACCGGCUGUAGACUCAAAUACAGCUCCUCUGAGGUUGUGGUCUCAGUUCUGCAGUCAUAUAUUUCUCAACUGAGUGAGUUGGACAUGAGUAGCCGUGAUCUGCAAACAUCAGAAGAGAAGCUGCUCUCUGGUCUUAGAAACCCAAACUGCCAGCUUGAAAAACUGAGUUUAUGUUCGUACAGACUUGUUGGCUGUAAACUGAGAGGAAGGUUUCUGGCCUUGACCCUUCAGUGGGCAAACUCCCACCUAAGAGAGCUGGACAUCAGUGACAGUGAGCUUCAGGACUGUGGAGAAGAACUGCUCCAUCAAUCACUGAAUCAAGACUGUAAAGUGAGACUCAUCAGCUGUAGACUCAAACACAGCUCCUCUGAGGUUGUGGUCUCAGUUCUGCAGUCAUAUAUUUCUCAACUGAGUGAGUUAGAUAUGAGUGGCUGUGAUCUGCAAACAUCAGAAGAGAAGCUGUUCUCUGGUCUUAGAAACCCAAACUGCCAACUGGAGAAACUGAGACUUGCUGGCUGUAAGCUAACAGAGAAUUCUUGUGAGAUUGUGGCUUCAGUUCUGCAGUCUGCAAACACCCACUUAAGAGAGCUGGACCUAAGUCAGAAUGACCUGCAGAAGUCAGGAGAAAAGCUUCUUUCUGCUCUACAGAGUCCAAACUGCAAACUGGAGACUCUGAGACUUGUUGGAUGUAAACUGAGGGGAAGAUUUCUGGCCUUGGCUCACCAAAGGGCAAACCCCCACUUAAGAGAGCUGGACAUGAGUGGCAGUGAGCUUGAGGACUGUGGAGGAGAACUACUCCAUCAACCAAUGAAUCAUCACUGUAAAGUCAGACUUAUCAGCUGUAGACUCAAAUACAGCUCCUCUGAGGUUGUGGUCUCAGUUCUGCAGUCAUAUAUUUCUCAACUGAGAGAGUUGGACAUGAGUGGUUGUGAUCUGCAAACUUCAGAAGAGAAGCUGCUCUCUGGUCUUAGAAACCCAAACUGCCACCUGGAGAAACUGAGACUUGUUGGCUGUAAACUGAGAGGAAUAUUUUUGGCCUUGACUCUUCAGUGGGCAAACUCACACCUAAGAGAGCUGGACAUGAGUGACAGUGAGCUUCUGGACUGUGGAGGAGAACUGCCCCAUCAAUCAGCAAAUCAAGACUCUGAAGUGAGACUUAUCAGCUGUAGACUCAAAUACAGCUCCUCUGAGGUUGUGGUCUCAGUUCUGCAGUCAUAUAUUUCUAAACUGAGUGAGUUGGACAUGAGUGGCUGUGAUCUGCAAACAUCAGAAGAGAAGCUGCUCUCUGGUCUUAGAAUCCCAAACUGCCACCUGGAGAAACUGAGACUUGUUGGCUGUAAACUGAAAGGAAGAUUUUUGGCCUUGGCUCUUCAGUGGGCAAACUCCCACUUAAGAGAGCUGGACAUCAGUGACAGUGAGCUUCAGGACUGUGGAGGAGAAAUGCUCCAUCAACCACAGAAUCAAGACUGUAAAGUGAGACUCAUCAGCUGUAGACUCAAACGCAGCUCCUGUGAGGUUGUGGUCUCAGUUCUGCAGUCAUACAUUUCUCAACUGAGUGAGUUGGACAUGAGUGGCUGUGAUCUGCAAACAUCAGAAGAGAAGCUGCUCUCUGGUCUUAGAAACUCAAAAAGCCAUCUGGAGAAACUGAGACUUGCUGGUUGUAAACUGACAGAGGAAUUCUUCGGGGUUGUAGCCUCUGCUGUGCAGCACAUGGUCUCCCUGACAGAACUGGACCUGAGUGAAAAUCACUUAAACAUCAAUGAAAUUCAGCUUCUGAGUGCACUGAAAAGUGGCAUCAGCUGUAAGCUGCAGACAUUGAGGCAUGCCCGUGGAGAACUGAGAAAAUAUGCCUGUGAGCUCACAUUGGACCCAAACACAGCAUACAGACAUUUCUCUUUCUCUGAGGGGAACAGAAAGGUGACACAUGUGAGUGAGGAGCAGCCGUAUCCUGACCACCCAGAGAGAUUUGACUCCUACUGGCCUCAGGUGCUGUGUAAAGAGGGUCUGUCUGGACGCUGCUACUGGGAGGCUGAGUGGAGUGGUGGUGAUGUGGUUUAUAUAGCAGUGGCAUAUAAAAGCAUCCAGAGGAAAGAGGUGAGUGGGGAAAGCAGCAGGUUUGGAUAUAAUGACAAGUCCUGGAGACUGGAGUGCUAUGGUAACAGUUACUAUGCCUGGCACAAUAAUAAGGAGACUGCCAUACCUGCCCCCUCCUCCUGCUCCAGCAGAGUAGGAGUGUACCUGGACUGGCCAGCAGGCACUCUGUCCUUUUACAGCGUCUCCUCCAACACACUCACCCACCUGCAUACACUCCACUCCACAUUCAAUGAGGCCCUCUAUCCUGGGUUUUAUGUUUGGGCUGGCUCCUCAGUGUCCCUGUGCCAGAUCACAUGAUCUCCAAAUCCUGCAACAGAGAAGAGCCACACAUUCCUGUGUGUGUGUGUGUGUGUGUGUGUGUGUGUGUGUUCUUUCUCCUUCCUGCUCUCUGUUGCAUGUUCCCAUUGUUCCCCCUGAGUUUGCCGCUCCCUAAAUCGGGAGCUUUGGGAGAGUAUGGGCAGGUCUCAAUAUUGUGAGCUUAAAUUCCCUUAUAUAACAAAUUGUUUCUCAGGUUCAUUUGCGGCACCUUCGCGGCACUUCAGCAGCUUAGGCUGUGUGGUCGCAGGCCCUUACUCGCAGUUUCCCAAACGUUAACAAAGUAGCUCUCACAAAAACUCUUUGGAAGUCUCAAUUAUUUGCUAUAAUUAAGGGGAGUAGGUGGCUAUAUGAGCGGCCCCUCUCCUGACGUGUAGUAGGCUGAUAAGUAGCCUAGUCCGUUUGCUAGUGGAUUUCAUUGAAAGUGAAAGUUUUGAUCAGCUGCGUUCUAAAGAAUGCUUGAUUCAAGUUCAGUGUUAGCCUGAUGUUGUCAUACUCAAAUU